CUCGUGCAGCAGCUCGACAGGAUGGGCGACCAAGGCGUGCACGCGUGGCUCGACGGCGUCGGGAGCGAGCGCGGCGUCACAGUCAAGGCGAACGCGGUGUAUCUCUCCUCGGAGCUGAUACAGCACCUCUCGACCAGCAAGAUCUUUUCCUGGGCCACCGGUCUCGGCGCAGAGCCCAUGGGGAUCGAAUGGAUCAACGACACUGCGCUUCACAUCCUCUUUCCCACUCCCCAGCUGUCCAUCCUCGCACUCUCUCUCCUCUCCAAAACAGGCUUCGCCCUUGGCGACGAUGGGCAGGUAGAAGAAGAAGGCGCAGAAACACAACGCGACGAUCCACUGCAAGAACGCUCCGCCCACCCAUUCCCACUCUCCCUCCUCCCGCGUAAACCCGCGAGACUGCUCGAACAGCCUAUCGAAACGUCUGCUCUAACGCCUGAAGAAGGGACAGACACUGUAACCAAACGCGGCCGCGGCCAAUUCGCCCUCCCCGACCGUCCCUCUCCCUCUCUACGAUCAUCCUACGACGACGACAACACCGCGCUGCUCGAGUCCAUCCCGCUCGAAGACGGCGUCAACCCCUUGGCACGUAUCGCCCUCCGCCUCGCCCUUGUAGAGGACAUGACCGUCCGCCAGAGGGGCAAGGAGAGUGGGUGGUAUAAGAAACAUGGGUUUGAAGCCGGGAAAGAGCGGCUCGGCGGCGGGCUCGUCAGGCGGCCGUUCGCAAAAGCAGCGAGGGGCGAGCGGGGCGGGUGGGCGAGUGGGGAGGGGGACGGGGAUGGGCAAGCGGGAGGAGAGGAAUUAGCAAAGAGGCUGGGGAGGGAACGGAAACCGUACGAUCGACCGGCACGUUCCCUCCCUAGCUCGGGCGGCAGCGGCAGGACAAGGGGGAUGGUAACCCAAGAAGAAUUAGAUCGCGAACUUGAAUCUCUUCGUUCGGGCGUGACGCCCCGAGGACAAGUAGAAGGAGGAGGCAUGGAUAUCGAUGUGGAGUCGUACCAUGACAUGCCGAGACGAAAGGGACGAGGGUUCAGGACGGCCAGAGGUGAAAGUGGUGCUGGAUCAAGAGGAAAGGGGAAGGUGGGGAAAGAUGAUCUUGAUCGAGAAUUGGACGAAAUGUUUGCCAACAGGGGGGACUAAUUUGCCAGCAGGGGGACUAAUUUGCCAGCCAGACUCAUGGUUCGUGGCUGGAGGAUGCAGAAAUG